UCUGUUGCUUAAUUGUACUUGCUUUUGCUUUUUUCAUUUUAGAGAAAAUUCAAUUUUUUCAAAAGCCAUUUCUUUUUAAUAUAUAUAAAAAAAUGGGAGAUUGCAAAGAUGAGACUGUGAAAAUAUGCGAAGAACCACAAUUAGGAGUUGAAGGUGAACCAUUGGAAGCAGAUGAGUGUGAAAAAGCCGCCGCCCUUCCAGUUAUUAUACCCGGUGUACAAGUAUCCAACAUUGAAGAAGUGGUGAAAGCGGAUCCCGAUUGUUAUGAAUUGAAUUUAAAUCAUAAUCGCAUAGAGAAACUUGAAAAAUUCGAGUUGUUGACAAGGGUAGAGCGUUUAUAUCUACGUUGGAAUCUGAUAAAAAAAAUUGAAAAUUUGUGUGUGCUUACAUCUUUGGUUGAAUUAGAAUUGUAUGAUAAUCAAAUUACUAGAUUGGAAAAUUUGGAUUCUCUAGUUAAUCUUCAAAUUCUAGAUGUGAGUUUCAAUCGUUUGACAAAGAUUGAGAAUUUACAAAAUUUAUUGAAAUUGGAGAAACUAUAUUUGGUAGCCAAUCGAAUUACGAAAAUCGAGAAUAUAAAUAUGCUAACGAAUCUAACUAUGUUGGAAUUGGGUGACAAUAAGAUAAGGAAAGUUGAAAAUAUUGAUAGUCUAGUAAAUUUACGUCAGUUAUUUUUGGGCAGAAAUAAGAUAUCCAAAAUAGAAAAUCUUGAUAAUCUGAUUAAUUUGGAACUACUAAGUUUGCAAGCAAACCGCAUCACGAAAAUUGAAAACAUGGAAAAUUUAACAAAACUUACCGAACUGUAUUUAUUCGAAAACGGAAUUGAACGAGUCGAGAAUUUAGAUAAUAAUGUUCAACUAGAAACUUUAGAUUUGGCCAAAAAUCGUUUAAAAUCUAUAGACAAUAUAAAUAAUUUAGUACGGCUCGAAGAGUUGUGGCUUAAUAAUAACAGUAUUGAUAAUUGGAAGAAUGUGGAAGUUCUUAAAGAAAAUAAAACAUUAAAAACAGUCUACUUGGAACAUAAUCCCGUCGCCUACGAAGCAAUGUAUCGUCUUAAACUCAAAGACAUAGCGCCUUGGUUGGAGAAAAUUGAUGCUACUCUGUGUCGAUAAAAUCUAAAUAAAACGACAGACGUUUCGCCUCAAUCAAUUGCAUUACCUACAUUUAUUAUUAGCAAUCAUUAAAUUUGAAAACUGAGAAAUUUUUUCCAAUAUAUUUAAAUUAAAUGAUCAAACAUUUCUAAUUUGAUUCCAAUGUAAGUUAAUUUUUUGUUGAUGUACUCAUGUACGCUCAAUAAUGAUUGCUUUCCUACAUUUGUUAAUAAAGUUCUCGCUUUUUGUUGCUAAUUAAAA